GGAAGAAGAAGAAGAAGAGGAAGAAGAGGAGGAGGUGGAGCAACAGCAGCAGCAGUAGCAGCAGCAGCGGUGUGACGGGCGCUUUCGCGCGAACUAUCCAAUCGUCUGUUGCGCACAAUCAGUGCAGAAAGAGAAUUCGCGGUUUUGACGGACCAUCCGAGAAUAUCGACGAGGUAACGGCCACGAGAAGUCGCGGUAGUAACGACGACGAUAAGGACAAGGACGACGGGGAUAACGACGACGACGACGACGACGACGACGACGACGACACGCUAUACCCGUGUACGACGGCUCAUCAACGCAGCAACAGGCAUCGCUCGUCCAGGUGCCGCAUAGGUUCCUCUCUCGCUCCGCGACGACGACGACGACGACGAGGUGGGGCAUCGUGCUCGUCGUUGGUUAUCGUAUUGCCGUGCACGGUGCACACGGUCACGCGCCACCGCGUAAGUCGGCAACAGCGCCACCGGGAUGGAGAGGCGAGCCGCUUUUGUGCUGCUGGGGAUGCUAUAUUUAGCGGUGGGCACCCUCGUCACGGUCCAGGCAGUGCAAUAUACGGGGCCGACGAUCGUGCGCGAGGGACAACCUUGGAACAUCGAAUGCAGCGAUUUGAAGGACGAUGAUCUCGUUAGAUGGACCAGGAAUGGUCAGACGUUGGAACCUGAGUUGUCCAGUGGUCAGCUAGUUGUCUUUUCAAAGACCGAUGCCGGCAGCAGCAAGCUCUCGGCAUCCCAGGCGACUGAGAGUCAUGAAGGAGAUUACAAAUGCACCUCCGAUAGUCCGGAGUCUUUCCACCUGUCAUUAUACUUUGAUAUUAAGAUUAGAGUACUUAUGGCCAGAGACAUACCUUUGGUACUCGAAUGUGCAAACAGAAGCGCCGGCGAUAAAGUGCAAUGGCUGAAGGACAAGACACCGUUAAGUACGGCGUUUGCUGGCAAUGAAGAUAUCAUCAAGAUUGAUAAUGAGACUGGCAGCCUGGAAAUUUUAAAGGAUAAGGAGGAAGCUCAUGGAAAUUAUACUUGUAAAGCGGCUAACUCCACAAUCGAAUACAGAGUCGUACCAAGGCCAAUAGCGCAUUUGGCUGAAUCUACCAGUGUGGUGGAGGGUGAAAAGCUACACUUGGUGUGCAGCAGUCUCCGGCAGACCCCCGGCGUAAAGAUAUACUGGACCUUCGGGGAACAAAAUUAUACGCGCAGCAAGGGUCGCGUGAAGAUUACCAAAGACCCAGAGAGGGGUAUUUAUGGCGCCGUUCUGAUUGUCGAUAACAUCGAGAUGAACGAUCGCGGUAAUAUUAUCUGCAGAAUGUCAUACAACUGGUCUGAUCCCGUUUUGGAACAUUCAUCGGAGGCUAAGACAUUCCUCAGGGUGAAGGACAAGCUUGCUGCACUCUGGCCCUUCUUAGGUAUUUGCGCAGAGGUUGUUGUUCUAUGCGCCAUUAUCCUAGUGUACGAAAAGAAGCGGAAUAAAGCCGAACUUGAAGAAUCCGAUACCGAUCAAAGUCCUGAUACCAAACCGACACCUAACAAGGAAUCCGAUGUCAGACAGAGGAAAUGAAACAGCAAAUAAAUAAAUUAGAACGAUACAAGUUGGAGAACGAGUCGUCAUGUGUGUAGAAAGCAGUAAUGGAAAUCUGUAAAGACAACGGAACACGGCUUUUGAAUGAGAGAGAGAAAAAUGUGUCGUCAUAAAUGUGGAAUAAACACUGCAAAAUGGACAGCAGCGAGCUUGAGUGGGCCAUUCAUAGUGCGCAUCUGUGUGAAAACAGGCUUGUGCAGCAGACGCGUACAGAGCAAGAUCACACAAGUUACUAACAAAUUAAAUUAAGCCUUAUUACGGGGGUGUUCACUCCGAUUUAUCAGAUGUUCGCCUGUUCGUAUUCUUUAAUUACACUGCUUUAACUAAGAGAUGUCGAGUUAUGUACAAGUGCCGAUGAUGACAUGAAUGCGUGCCAGAGAAUGGAGAGUAUGUGUGUGCAUGUGCAUAUGCGUAUGUUAUGUGUAUGAGAAAGAGAGAAUAAGAGAGAGAGAGAGAGAGAGAGAGAGAGAGAGAGAGAGAGAGAGAGA